CGAGGGUUUCAAUCGUUGUGUCGCGCCACACGAAGUAACAGCCGGUAAGACCAGAGGAAGAACAGAAGCGCGCGGAACAAUGGCCGAGAAAAACGACGUGGCAGAGCAACCAGCUGACAAGCCAGUGAAGGCUACAAAAGUGAAGGGAACAGUGAAAUGGUUCAACGUUAAGAACGGAUACGGAUUCAUCAACCGCACUGACACCAACGAAGACAUCUUCGUCCAUCAGACCGCCAUCAUCAACAACAACCCGAACAAGUACUUGAGAAGUCUUGGAGACAAUGAAGAGGUCAUGUUCGACAUUGUCGAAGGAUCCAAGGGUCUCGAAGCGGCCAGCGUAACAGGACCAGAUGGAGGACCAGUUCAAGGAUCCAAGUAUGCUGCCGAUCGUGAUGCUGAAAAUGCAGCACGUGGACGUGGUGGACGCGGACGUGGACGACGUGGAGGACGUGGUGGAAUCCGACACGACUCUGGAUCAAGAGACGCCGAGGAAGGUGGUGCUCCACGUGGAGGUGGUCGUGGUGGAAGCCGUCGUGGUGGCGGUGGACGUGGUGGUGGCCGUACCAACAGUGGUGGAGAGGAGACUGCUCGUGACACAGAUGGCGGUGAACGCGGAGGACGUGGUGGUGGCCGUCGUGGAGGCCGUGGACGCGGUGGACGCGGUCGCGGAGGCCGUGGAGGACAAGGCGGACAGAGCGAGGCCUAAGUAAUUUUCCAGUAACCAGUAACACUCGUAGUAAUUAAGAGAGCAACUAGGUUUUUAUUUCAACCCCCAACUCCCCCAAUUCAUCUCGCCACACACACACCCACAACUUUGAACUUUCGCUAUAUUACAUUUUCCCUUAUUCUUUCUUCUUUCUUUUGUUUUCCUAACUCGUGAAUUAUUAUUGCAGUACAGUUACUUUAAGCUCCCCCUCUAAAACACGUCACAACCUGAAUCAUUCUCGUAAUUAAACCAUUCUCCUCCCAACAAAAAAAUAUAUAAUUCUACCUGUUUCGCUUUCGGAUUUCCAAAACUUUUCUUGUAACACCAUCAACACCGAAAAUCUCUGUAAUUCAACAAGCAAGCACCCACACACACACACCAGACCAACUGAUGACUUCCCAUCUUGUUUUUUUGUGUUGCUCUGUCUUUCUGAGAGUAUAUUGCUAACAGAAAAACGAGAAAGCAUAAUAUAUCUGUACCCUUUCCCCCUUUUUUGAGAGAAUCUUUAAUGUUCAAGUACCUCUUCGCCCUUCAUCUUGAAAUAGUUGAUAUACAUACAUUAAAUUUAUUUUCCAAAAACGAUUUCUAUUAUUGCUCUUGCUCUGCAUUUUGAAUUGACUCAAACAAAAAAAAAGCAAAAAAAAAUUAACUAAACAAAUAAAUUAAGUAUUAUUU